AUGGGGAAAACUCUCGCGCGCCUAAUUCCCUUCUUCGCCUAUUUCUACCACUACAAGUUCACGCCGGGAUACCACAACAUCCUGGACCUCGCUGCUCGGCCUGAUCCGGAUCCGGACGCAGGGAGGGAGAAGUUUCAAGUGACCACCUCGACCAAGCUCGGCAUCGAACGCAAGUUCCACAUUACGCUCAGGGACCUGUUCAUGCUCUUCUACGUCCUGUUGCACAACGACAUCAAGGUCAAGGUCAACCCCUCGGAUGACAAGACGUCCGUCCAAGUAUCGGAAAAAGUACAGGGAAUGUUGUCCGCUGCUCUCAUCGCCAUUCUCGCUCAGUUAGCGCAAGAGUUCCAUGUGAACCGAUGUGAGUUUAUCAACUUGGCCAUCCACGACUUCAGCGUCACUUUCCAGCUCAAGAACCGUAACAUCGCUCACGUCUCGCGCAUCGUCUUCCGCGAUCCCGCCACUGCCAAGCGGGACAUCCUGUCCGAGGGCGAGCUCACCAAUAUCUUGUCCGGUAUACAAUCCAAGACAAAGAGGACCGCGGCUGUCCAAAUGCUGUUGCGGGAGAAGCCUUGGGAGACGGAGGCGCAGCAUAGCCUCUUUGCUGUGCAUGUGGCCGGUCUGGUUUUGCCGGUCGGCGAGGACACUACGUCAAUGUGGAUGGAUGGAGAGAACGAGGAUUUGGGUCAGGUGGAGGAUGCGACUGGCCCAGUCAGCGAGGUUCCACCGCAACAACACCGGGGCACGUCAGCCUUCAAGAUGAUCCCCUAUCCGGCCGUUGCUGCAGAUCUGCAAUUGCACCAGAGCGUUGACACGACCCAUCAUCUGGCCAUGAAACGCUUGUCGGAUUUCCGCUGGGAAGAAGAUUCAACAUUCCGCGUCCAGGUGUCCCCUCCUCUCACGACCGACGAGUCCGUCGUCUCUACCACAGGAAACGAGAAAUCAUCCAGGCAGGAGCCCGAGGACUUGAACGAGCUACUGCGCAAGACCGACCAUCAGACCGUUCUGUCCCUUUUGUCACACCCAGACUUGUCGGUCGAACUGCUCCAAUACAUAGGUUCCGGGAGAUUAUGGGAUGCCUACCGCGUCAAACUCUCCUCUGGCUCAACACCGCCACAGAUCGUCGUGGCAAAGAUCUGUAAUCUGUACACGUUCAUGCUGGGUGACGCGAACAAAUACGAGACCCCCUCAGCGGCAGCCGAAGCGAUCAAGAUCGAGCUCGACUUGUUGAACCGCUUACAAGCGGUCCAAGGGGAGAUUGUCCCCCGAUUGUACGGACGAUGGACGGGCAGGCGUCAGUUGCCCAAUGGCGGGAUGACGCGCUUGGAAUGUGUCAUGUUGGAAGACUGUGGGAUGCCCUUUGCCCAGUCUGACAAGCUUGAAACCGAGUCGGUCCGGUUGCUCAUUCCCUCACUUGACUUGGGAAAAUCGCUGAUCGUUUUUGAUCCUAGGUUAUACUAUGACGACAAGGUGGAGAGGUUCACAACCGAUUUGUCAUCCAAUGUCCGACAGCAGAUCAUAGAAAGCUACGAGAGGCUACACAAACAAGGGAUAUUGCACGUCGACGUCAACAAACGACAUAUCCUUCUUCAUCCGGUCGAUAACAAACCACGAAUCAUCAGUUUCGAGGGCGCGAUAUCUGUUUCCGAGGCCCAAGCAUCGUACCCGGACUACAACGCGGAGGCGGAGAUGGAGAGGGUUCGGUGGAUGGUGCGCGCGGACGAGCAGCGUUGA